AUGUCGUGGAACGUUCCUCGGAACAAGGUACCCUUGGAGCUAGUGGGUGAGUGGGAGCUGUCAAUCAUCCUCAGUGGAGAACGGGGUCAUUUCAGCUGGCUGCAGUUGGACCGAAGGGUUCUAGAACACGAGUUCCCCAAGAAGUCUGGACCCAUCGUACUGUACUUCUGUGUCAGGUUUUACAUAGAGAGUAUUUCCUACCUAAAGGACAAUGCUACUAUCGAACUCUUCUUCCUCAAUGCUAAGUCCUGCAUAUACAAGGAGCUCAUUGAGGUGGACAGUGAGGUGGUUUUUGAGCUGGCCUCCUAUAUACUACAGGAGGCUAAAGGUGACUUCACCAGUAACGACGUGACGAGGUCAGACCUGAAGAAGCUUCCAGCUCUGCCUACUCAGGCCCUGAAGGAACACCCAUCUCUGGCAUACUGUGAGGACCGGGUGAUAGAACACUACAAGAAGCUGAAUGGACAGUCCAGAGGCCAGGCCAUAGUCAAUUAUAUGAGCAUCGUUGAGUCUCUGCCUACAUAUGGAGUACAUUACUACACUGUUAAGGAUAAACAGGGCAUCCCGUGGUGGCUGGGCCUGAGUUACAAAGGAAUCUUCCAGUAUGACUACCAGGACAAGGUCAAGCCCAGGAAGGUGUUCCAAUGGCGUCAGCUGGAGAACCUCUACUUCAGAGAGAAGAAGUUCUCAGUGGAAGUUCAUGACCCCAGGAGGAUGACUUCUAAGAUCCAUGCGGCUCGUAGCCUCAGUGAGAUAGCCAUCGACCUGACAGAGACUGGCACUCUGAAGACAUCUAAACUGGCCAACAUGGGCAGCAAGGGCAAGAUCAUCAGCGGCAGCUCUGGCAGUCUGCUCUCCUCAGGUUCCCAGGAGUCGGACAGUUCUCAGACAGCUAAGAAAGACAUGCUGGCAGCACUGAGGGCCAGGCAGGAGGCUCUGGAAGAGACACUCAAACAGAGACUAGAGGACCUCAAGAACAUCUGUAUCAGAGAGGCGGAGUUGACAGGGAAGCUUCCUAAGGAGUAUCCAUUAGAUCCAGGGGAGGAGCCUCCGACAGUCAGGAGGAAGAUUGGCCCUGCCUUCAAACUGGACGAACACAAGAUCAAGCCGAAAAGAGAGGAGGAAGAGCUAGAGCGUCUAGCAGAGGGCGUUGCCAUCCAAUCACAGAUCAGGGCUGCGAGGCGGUUGGCCGGCGAUCCGCACGUGGGCAGUAAGAAGCUUGAGGAACAGAGGAAGACGUCGCUACUGAACGCACCCUGGCACUACUCUCGCUCCGAAUACGACAAGUCCCCCAUCCAAACCCAAGAUGUGGAGCGAGUCUCGCUGGACGAACCAUUCGAGAGGGUAAAAAAACGCUCCUCACACUCCAGGUGAGAGCGGUUCCCCAGCUCUGGUACUUGUGGGGAGGCGAGGCAGUACUCUCUGCAGAGUAGACCCAUCAGGAGCCUUCCUCACUGGAGCGCCCAGUCCAGCAUGCCCUCUACCCCCCUGACUGAGACCCGGACCCCUCAAUAUGUACACUCCACAAGGUCUGUGGACAGUCCCACCCGUCUGCACAGUCUGGUUAAGCACUUUAGGAACGCAAGCUUCCAGCCUGGAUCUCAGGGCAAGCUGCUGGCCUCUGACCUGACACAUCACACUCACCACCGAACCCUGGGAGCCCUGGGCAGCCCUGACUUCUUCCUGCCCCAGGGACAGCGACAGCUCCACGGCUCGGACCCGCUGGAUGACUGUUCGUCCUGUAACUUCCCAGAGCAGCUCAGACACUACUACCCUGGGGUAGCUCCGGGCUCCAACCCUAACUACUCCAAACCCUGGGAGAGGGACUCCCCUUCCAAAGCCAGGCAGAGACAGAGGUCUGGCAGGUCACCUGGUGGUUCCUCUCUAAACUCUGGCUCCAUGCCCAACCUUGCAGCCAAGAACGGAUCAGGGGGCGGUGGUGGGGGAGCGGGACUGGGUCAAGGGAAGCACGGGGUGUACCUCCACAGCCAGAGCCAGCCCUCGUCCCAGUACCGGAAAGAGUACCCCCUGUACGUAGAGGAGAGCCCCAACCCGGUGGUGGUGCGCAGCCUGGAGAGUGACCAGGAGGGCCACUACAGCGUCAAGGCCCAGUAUCAAAACCUCCAGCUCCUACACAGCCGGGGGCUCUACAAGGAGACCUGGGGGGGUGAGGAGGGGGGAGAGGGGAGUGGCAGACUCACCCCGUUCCGCCCGGUCCAGAUUGUACGGACUCCCUCACUGGGGCGAGAGGGGGGAGGGGGGGGGAGGGCGGUGGUGUCGGACGAGCUGAGGUGUUGGUACCAGCGCUCAUCGGGCAGUCUAAAGGAGAGGAGUCACUGUGGCUCCAAUGCGUCAGACAGCGGCUCGUUGCAAGGCACUCUGGGACACGGACGAGGCAACAGGGUGGGGACGCUCGCCAAGGGAUCGCCAGCAGCUUCCCCUCACAGCCAGAGGAGUGUGACUCCCUCCAGUGAACAGGCUGCCACCCCCAUACCCCCCUGCAGCCCACAACACAUCCUCAACUGGCAGAGCGGCGGUACAGCAGACAGCUCUCCUACUGAAGACGUGUGUCAGUCUCCCCCUCAGCCCAGCUCUGAAGCAUAGAGGUCAUUCAAUGAUAGCUGUUUCCUCAGCAGUCCUCUGUGUUCAGAGCUGGCAGAUGUCCAGUGGUACGGACACGACAAGGCCAAACCUGGAACCCUGGUCUGACCUACUGACCACCACCCACUGACCCUCAACACUGAUCCUUACUGGCACAACCUCCAACAUCUCAACUGACCCUUACAGCCCCCACCAACCUCUCCUCCAGUGCUGAUUAGAUUGGCCUUAUCAUGGGCAGGAAACCCUCAUCCAUUCCUCCCUUCAUCCAUCUUUCCCUUGAUCAGUUUCUGUGCAUAUCGGACUUGGCUGAACUAGGGGUUCUAGGACCGACACGACUAUUGCUGUGGAACAGCCAACCAUAGCCUCCGAUCCUGAACUCUGAGCGUGAACUCUGACCUUUAAUCCCUGACCCUGAGUCUGCUCCAGUCUGAGCCCAAGGAUAACCAGGAAUGGGCAAGGGGGGAGGAUGGGUAAGCCCAGACUACACUCAGCCCACCAGGCCCUGACUCAUAUCUACCCCUGACCCCAGUGUGCUGCCAGUGUGCUCCCAUGUGUUUUGGCUCAUGUUCUGGACCUGUGUGUGUGUACACUGGAUCUGCUAGGUUCAUUAAUUUCAUGUUUUAUGUUUUAGUUUAUUUCUCUCUAUCGUUUUCUACAACAACAACAAAAAAAUGCUGGAGAGACUCUAUUCACCCCUCUUUAUGAAAACCUUCAGAAUAUAUUUCACUCUUCAGGAAAACUGCAGAGUGGAUUAUUGGACAAUUCUAGAUUAUCUGAAAGACUAGACAAACAUACAAACAUUCCCAAAAAUCCUAAUCCCAAUCCCAACUCCUAUCCCACAACCAAAGAUCCAUCUGGCUGACCAAUGGCACCAGUCCCAUGGACACACUGGGAAAACUGGUUUAUCAUACUGGGAGUUACACCCCACAAUACUAGGAGUCCUCAAAGGAACUGAAAGACUGAUCAAUUCUACUGGGAUCCUGCUCAGCACGUCUACUGGGAUGUCAGUAAUCUGAACUGGUAGUGUACAACAGCCAGCCACACUGAUCAACUACUGGGAUGAUCCACACUUCUACUGAGCAGUGAGCUCCUGGACUGGGAUGUUUUGCCACUACUGUAUACUGGGGGACUGUGGUCAGCUGUACUGGGAGACUAUGGACAGACUGGGGGCCCUGCACAGCCAGAUCAGAGAUAGACGGGGACAGACUGUUAGCCACAGGCCACAGACACUUACUCAAGGUUUGGGCCCUGAAAGGCCAAGCCACAAUAUGCAAGGAAUCUCACUGAAAGCCAAUGUCUUGAGUUUGUGAUGGGUGAAACUGUAGCUAUAUGUGUAGCAGUUUUGGGGUUAAGACCACAUAUAGCUUGGGGUGUUUAUUUCCAAUCAUAUCUGCAGGCUUUCAGUGGUCUAUUUCAUCUGGCUCCACCCCUUCGUUUCACUUCCUGGUGAGAAGUGAAAGCUGAUUGGAUGCUUAGGACUGUGUGUGCCUCUCACUCCUCUCUCUCUCUGGUGAUGGGCGUAUGAUGUGGAGCUGAUCGAUCACACAGCUGUAGCGAAGGGCGCACCCCUCCUUCACAGUCGAGCUGCGCAUAUGAUAAGAUUGGUGAGAUGUUAAACACUUCUCGAGGCGUUGUGAUAUCUGACUCUCUGCGCAGUCCUCUAGUCCUCUGUUAAAAAAUGGGAUGCAACCCAUGUUUAAGGACCAGUCUGUCUCUGUGACGUCGAUCUGUCUGUCCAACUCCACGAUUGGUCAUUGUCUCAGACACUAGGGUAGUAUAUUUGAGGGUAAACAUUUAGAUCAGGCAUGAGGCCUGUAAACUCAGUACCAGUGGGUACUCGUUUGUACAGGUCACUAUCUCAGGCUAUAUUCUCUCUGCCUAAAGUCUCUCCUAUCACCAGUCAGAACACACACAUCUUGUUUGUGGACACACACUUUUCUCAUCAGUGCCAUCUAUGGUGGUGCUUAAAGUCUGUACAGUAACCCAGCACUGAAAACAGCCACUCACUAAAAUUACAAACCAUAUAACAACAAAUCCCAUAGGGCCCGGUUCCUAGUCUAGUGGAGGAAGUGGCCGUGUUCGAGAGCAUCAAAACUAUGAUAUAUCAUGGGUAAAUUCUGACUGACUGACUGAUCUACAAAUAAUAAUA